AUCUAUAUAUAGGUGUCCCUUUAAACGUUUCUAACAUGAAGCAUUGAAUUGUUUAUAACAAUUAAUUAUUGUAGUAGUUAUCAUCAUGAAUUCUACACAUAUUUCAGUUUUAACAAAAAUUCCUCUAUUAUUACAAGAGUUAACAUUAAUUUUACCUAAAAUAAACUUUAAGGAAGUAAAAACAGUAACUGAUCCAUUAUUAAAACAAUCGGAAAUAAUAAUAUGUGAUUAUGAUUUAAUAGCACCUGUUUUAAAUGAUUUACCCAACACCAAAUGGAUUCAGGGUACUUGGGCUGGAGUGGAUAAACUUUUACCGAGUGUAAAUCAACAAAAACCUCUCCCAUUUAUAAUAACUAGGUUUUCAGGAAAACAUUUUGGUCGAAUGAUGUCUGAGUAUGUUAUAAGCCAGAUUGUAAGCCAUGAACGGAGUUUUGAACAAAUUAAUAUGAAUCAAAAAGAAUCCCUUUGGAAUCAGGAUGGGAAGUUUUCUGAAUUUAGAGUGAUUUCUGAUUUAAAUGUUGGUGUAAUGGGAUUGGGGCAAAUAGGAAGUUGGGUGGUGCAAAUUUUGAAUAUGUUGGGAGCUUCUGUUUUUGGAUUUGGGAGAAAAUCAGAUCCUGAUGUUGCUAUAAAACCGUAUUUGAAUGAAUAUUUUACCAAUACAAAUACAAAUUUAGUUGAUUUUUUGAAGAAAUGUGAUUAUGUUAUAAAUAUAUUACCAAAUACAGUUGAAACUAAGGGUUUAUUAAGUGGAGGUGUUUUAAAAAAUUGCAAAGAUCGUAACGCUGUUUUUAUAAACAUUGGAAGAGGUUCUAUCAUAUCAGAUGAAGAUCUUAUUGAAGCAAUGAACAAAAAGUGGUUAUCUGCAGCUAUUUUGGAUGUGUUUAACACAGAACCUUUACCUAAAGAAAGUCCUUUAUGGAAAUUGCCUCAAGUAAAAAUAACUCCCCAUAUCUCAGCUCCAAGUCGAGCUAAAGACAUUGCAGAACAAUUUAAAGAAAAUUAUCAUCAAUAUAAAAAUAAUGGAAAUUUAUCUGCUGUUUUAAAUAUUAUAAGUGGAUACUAAAAUAAAUAAAGGAUAUUUU